AUGGAUAACACGAACUCCAAAGACCCGGAGGUCACCUGCAGCAACCAGAGUACGCAGCCUGGAGACAACAUGGAGGCAUGUCUUUGCCCGAAUUACCCGGAUCCCGUCAACCCGGUCCGAGUGCUCACAGCAAAAGACAUAAGAAACCAGCGAAUCGUUUUUCUUGGUGUCGUGGCUCUGCUGAACAUUUCAAUGGCCAUAGCCGCCGUUCUCGGCCAGAAGAGCAAGCUCACGCUGAUUGUCAUCUUGUUGGUCAAGAGCAAGGACUUCCUGUCGGCGGUUGUAUCGAUCCUUGGAAUACUCAUGCAGAGAAUUCGGACCUUCUACCGGCCUCCACUCCCAGUCCCGCCGCUCUGGAUUCUUUCGCUCAUACCGGCAUACUCGGAAAGCGAGGAACAGAUCGUCCAAACGAUCUACUCGCUUCGCGACAAUGGCGUCGAGCCUCAUCGCCAGGUCAUGGUAGUCAUCCUCGAUGGCAAGCCACGAGACGUCCGAGGCCGCAUGACCCGGGUCGUUCGAGAAUUCGAGUGGCCGUAUGCGUCUCUCAAGUGGAAGCGAGGCCUCUUGCGGGUCACAUCAGGGUUUAUCACGGACGUACCGGUGAUUGUCAUUGAGAAACCCGAAAAUGCCGGGAAGAAAGAUUCCCUUAUCUUGUGCCAUGACCUCUUCAACUAUCCUCGCCACAACGUACCGCCGUAUACACAGCUGCUUCGGAGAGAGUUAUGGGAAAGUGUCCUGCCAGUAUUGACAGAGGGUACAUCCUUCAGAGGCUUCGACAUGGUGUUUUGUACUGAUGCCGAUUCGGCUGUACGCAGGGGUGCCAUCACGCAGUUGGCAGAAGCAGUGGCCCGGGAUGAGAGUGCCAUAGCGGCCUGUGGUCUUGUGCUGGUUGGACUGGAAAAGGGAUAUGAGUGGUCGUUUUGGUAUCUCUACCAGCAAUUCCAGAAGUACACCUUCGGACAACAUGUCCGAAGGAGGGCAGAGGGCUUCGUCGGCAAGGUCACCUGUUUGCCGGGAUGCAUCACAAUGAUUGCAGUCAGAGAAGAGAUGGCAGGGGCGAUGAGAAAAUACGCCGAGCCGGUGACGGGAAACAUGAUGCUGUCUCACCAGGUUCAAUAUUUGGGAACCGACAGGCGGCUCACGUACUCCAUGCUCUCCCAGGGGAUGCAUCUCCGUACCCUGUUCGUCCCCGGCGCCGUGAGCGAGACUCUGGCGCCGCAAACCAUGCGACACUAUCUGAGCCAACGCCGGCGAUGGGGUUCGAACGCGUACUUCAACAACUUCUUCUACCUUGCCGGCGAAAACAUGAUCUUGGCCACGCGCAUCGCAGCGGGGAUCGAGGUCGUUCGGAUGAGCUUGGUGUACUACCGGGUGCUGAACACGGCGCUGUUUAUCCGCGGACUUGCCAAGGGCGCUCACAUCCUGGAACUGAUCGGCGUGCUGGUUGUGGGCCAGACCCCCUCUCUUUGGUUCAUGUGCUCCGUGGUACUCGACCCUGAGCUGAGGAAGAGAGCACAUAAGCUUGUGGUCGGUUUUCUCAUAAACAAGUGCAUCUCGCCGUUCAUGUCGAUUGCAGUGUUUACCAAGGUGGCCAUCAACCUCGGGAAUCAAGCCUGUUCCGCCCCGAAAUCACUGAAGCUGACGACAAAUGAACACAUAGCCUGGGGUAUGUCAGGAGUUACGCCCCCUUCAGCAACGCCAGCGUUACAAUCAUUAGCGCACGACUCGCCGUCAGAGCCAGCCGGAGAUGGGUUUGCAAAGCUCCCAAAGGUAGAGCAAGGAUGUGCCAGAGUCUUAUCUGGAUCAUAA